AUCGAACAUGCGACUAAAGAUCGGGGGUUGAAGCCAGCUUACAGGCAACUCCAACAUCAAACAGUGGGCUAUAGGGAGUUGAUUCUUAAUUUAAGUUUGUAAAAGGAAAGUUGAUAUUGAUUACUAAUUUUAAAAGAAGAUAAAACAUCUUUAACUUUUUCAUAUUAAAGUACUUUAAAUUCUUUAAAUUAUAAAAUGCAUUUUGAGCCAUCGAACAUGUUCAUCAUUCUUGCCCACUGUGCAACCGAACGAUCGAACAUGCUUCGAGGCGGGGGUUGAAACUACAACUCCGCAGACCUCUCUAACCACUUUUGCCAACGCACAGAAUUCAGUUCACAAACAUUCUUCGAGCGGUUAGGUUGUACAUAUAAUCGGGGUUCCGUGUCGAUUCAGUGGGUCAAGUUCGCUGCGAUAAAUACGAAAAAAAAGAUCAACUGCGAAAACGAACAUAGCGAAUGUAUCUCAAAGAUACCAAACAAAGAACAAGGGGAAUUCUAUAAGUAUUUAGUUACCGAUACUUAGUGUUAACUGUGUUAACUUCUCUGUGCAAUAUCUAAGGAUAAAUCCUAAUCUAACUUAAAUCAAAAACUACCUGCUCUCUUGGGAAAACGAAAGAAAAAGAAAAUAACAAAUCUUGACCUAAGCAAACAAAGCAAGAAAAGUGAAUUAUACCUGACCAAAAAAGGGAAGAGAGUGAUCUCUACCUGUUCGAAAAAUCUCAAAACUGAUCUCAAACAAAAUGAAAUACUUAACGCAUACACACAAGGAGUCCUACACAUUGGUGGCAAGGAAACGCUAUAUGAAAAAUCUGCUACGUCAGCAUGCCUUCAUGGCCAACACACAGAAGCAGCAACCGCCGGGCGGAGGAAGUGGCAGCGGCAGCGUCACCCACAGUCCGGAACGCCUGCGCGGUGCCACAGCCACCCAGGAUCUCUUCGAGCUGCUCGAGCGUGUGCAGUGCUCGCGACUCGACGACCAGCGCUGCGUCCUGCCCGCUUACUUCUCUCAGGUGGGUAAAGUUAAGAAAAGAAAAGAAAGUCAGCAAUGCGGAACCUCUAUAGAUGGGAGGUUACCUAAAAGGGGUUACCUAACUUGAGGUUACUUUGAGUUCAGGAAAUGAAGUUGGCUUAAGUAACUGCCAAUUGGAUGAAGAACAAAGUACAGAAAGUUAGUUCCUGUGAGUUGCCAACCUUUACAGAGUACCCCCCCGACUAGAUAUACCCCCCUAGACCCUUGCGGUAUCAAGAUAAACCACCUCCUGACCUACGGCAAUGGGCUGGCAAUUGUCCAACGCGGGGUCGGGUCAUCGGCCCAUUUGGAUUCGCCUUGUCCCCGGGCAUAUGCUCCACUAAUCUAACAGUGUGUGUGUGAUGGACUGACCCAUAAAAUUCCAACUUGCAGUUGCAAUAUUACCCCCCUUCCACUUUCCCUCCCAAACUCUCCCGAAGUAGUAAAAAUUUC